AUGGCCCCCGUACUUGACGCUCCCCAGACUGUCGACUGGAUGGGCAAAAAGGUGCCCGUCUGGUCGAUGCCCACCAUCAACUACGGCCUGCUGCUAUCCCAGAACCCCAGCGAGGUCGAAAAGGUCGUCCGCGCCUGCAAGGAGGAGGGCUACUUCUACCUCGACCUGCAGGGCAUCGACGGGCGCCGCAUGCUGUCAGACCAGCAGGAGACACAGGAGCUGAUGAAGCGCUUCUUUGCCGCGCCGCUCGAGGCCAAGAAUGAGUUUGGUCUGAUUUCUUCGCAUCUGGGCUACGAACCGGUCGGCAGCCGCACCGGCGUCGCUGCGGGCUCCCAGGACGGCUACGAGAUGCUCAAGGUCUCGCGCGACGAGAUCCAGCGCGACAGCCCCAAGAUCCCGGCGCCCGUCAAGAACAGCGCCGACAUGCGGAUCCUGGAAAACGCCAUCGGCAGCUGCAAUACGGUCACCAAGGUGCUUCUGUCGGCGCUGUCGACGGGCAUGGGCCUGACGGGCGCGUCUCGCUUCGAGAACUCGCACCGCAACGAGAAGCCCUCGACCACGACUCUCUCCAUGAUGCACUACCUCCCCAGCGAGCUCGCCGGCGAGAACCGCAUCGGCCACCAGAAGCACACCGACAUCAGCACCCUCACGCUGCUCUUCAGCGAGCAGUGGGGUCUGCAGGUCCGCCCGCCCGGCACCUGCGGCGCGCGCGAGAUGGGAUUCGUGGCGCCCAAGCCCGGCUGCGCCUUCGUGCACGUGGGCGACUCGCUGCGCUUCGCGAGCGGCAUGCAGUUCCAGAGCUGCAUCCACCGCGUGGUGCCGUUUGACCCGACCGAGCACCGCUACUCGAUCGCGUACUUUUUGCGCGCCGAGGACGACACCAUGUUCAUCGACUCCGAGGGCCGCGCCAUCACGGCGGGUCAGUGGCACGACGAGAAGUUCAAGGCCUUCACGGACCCGGAGCAAUGGCAGAUGAUGGCGCCCAAGUCGAUGAUCCUGGGCGGCAUGAAGGAGGACGGCGAGGAUGCGCCGAUUCCGGGGCUGGUGAAGGCGCAGGCGGCGCCGCAGAGCGUGCCGGCCAAGGCUUAA